ACAAAUAAUUUGAGCAUGGAAGAGUUGGAACAUGCGUCAUCUAUUGAGCUGAAGGAUCCUGACCAAGCAUUAAAGCUCUACCAUGGCAUCACAAACCAGACUGUCACAUCAGAUGAUGAGGCUAAAAUCAAGGAGGUUGAGCUGGCUCUUAGCUCCAUGGGGAAGCUCCUAGCCAAACAGAACCAGGCCAAAGAGCUAGCUAGCCUGAUAAAAUCUAUCCGUCCUUUCUUGGGAGUUGUGAGCAAGGCAAAAGCCAGCAAAAUCGUCAGGGAACUGGUGGACACUUUCCUUGACAUGGGAAGCAAGACUGGACUGGAGAUUCCUCUUUGUCUGGAGUGUAUUGGAUGGGCUAAAAGCGAGAAGCGAACGUUCCUAACUCAAGCACUGGAAGCACGUUUGAUAUUGUUGUACCAUUCUAACGGUGAUUAUUCUGAAGCCUUGAAUACUGUUAACCGUGUCAUGAAAGAGUUGAAGAAAAUGGACGACAAGCAACUUCUGAUGGAAGUUCAACUUUCGGAGAGUAAGGUUUACCACACUCUCGGAAAUGUCCCCAAAGCUCGAGCAGCUCUAACUUCAGCCAGGACAACCGCUAACUCAAUAUACGUACCCCCUAAACUGCAAGCUGCUCUGGACAUGCAGUCUGGUAUCCUGCACGGUGAGGAGAAGGACUUCAAGACUGGUUUCUCCUACUUUUAUGAAGCUUUCGAGGGUUACGAUUCAGUGGAUCACCCCUUUGCCAUGGACGGUCUGAAGUAUAUGUUGCUCUCUAAGAUUAUGUUGGGUGUUCCCGAUGAUGUACAGGCUCUUCUGACUGGAAAGAUGGGACUGAAAUAUCGUGGUCGAGGUAUAGAUGCCAUGAAAGCCAUCGCUGAUGCCGGUAAAAAAAGAGACAUAUCCAUCUUCAACAAGACAAUAGCAGAAUAUGAUGAUGAACUGAAGAAGGACCCCGUCGUGCAGAACCACCUGAAGUCCCUGUACGACAACCUGUUGGAGAAAAAUUUGGUUAGAAUAAUAGAGCCUUACUCUCGAGUUCAGAUCGCCCAUGUUGCUGAAACAAUCAGCCUACCUUACGAAGUUGUAGAGAAGAAGCUCUCUCAGAUCAUCCUUGACAAGAAGUUCUCAGGUAUCUUGGAUCAGGGAUCAGGCGUACUCAUAGUAUACGACGGCUCCGAGUCAGAUCAGACUUACACCUACGCCCUUGACACGAUAACUCAUAUGGGAAAAGUCGUGGAUGUGCUCUUCAAGAAGGCACAGAAAUUGUCAUAGUUUAUGAGACUGGAGAGUGGCGAGCCAAUUAGUGGACACUCUUCUUGACGUUUACUGGCUAAACGAAUAUUAUUUACAAGCUCUGUUUUGUACAUUUUCAGGACCCUGAAAUUACUGCAAUUAUAUGAUAAUUUGAUUUGCAUUGUAUUGUAAGAUUCUUUAUAGAAGUAUUAUAA